GUUGAACUUGAAGAACGAGUUAAGUACAUCGAAUUCGGCGAAACGGGGAAUCAAAAAUGAAGCAAAGCAAACACAAAUUCGAAAUCCGGGAAAACAAUGGUCAGCGUUGAAAUCAUUUCUCGACAUCGAGAAUUCACGCUAGAGGACAUAGAACAGAAAUAUAUUUUGGUAUGCAACUACAUCUACAUCAUUAUUUCCCUGUACGUAGAUGAAGCUCAAGAAAUAUUGACAUACAUCAAGGGGAACAACUUUUAACCACUGUUAAGUGGAUUUUUUCUCGUGUUUGCUGGCUGAGAAGUUGCAAUUGAUUCAUUUACAUUUAAUUCUUUCAUGAUGAUGAUAUCCUCUUAGUAAGAAAUUCUCUGAAAAACAAAAUGAUAAUGGGUCUAGGAGGACCGUAGCUACGAAGGGCCUGAUUCGUGGUCACAGGGAUAUGGUGGAGCGAUAUUUCGUGUCCACGCGCCCGGAUUCGGAGAAGGCGCAUCAACCCCUCUGUUUUCCUGUGAGUCGUUUCAGUGCCGGCGCUUCCAUUUUAUCUUCGCGACCUACCAGGACAAUGCUGGGCCAGAUCAUUGGGGCGUGCAAUCCGCAGGCUAGAACAGGAGUACCUUCUUGGGUAGCGCAUUGGCUUCGCCCUCAACAUGGGCGAUUGCGGCUACGAGACCCUCCAUUGGUAGCAGGCUUACGAACUUUCGGAAAAAUUAACGCAGUUUGCAUUGUUGUAUUGUCGUACGUGACGAUUCGAGAACUACAGCUUCGUUACCGUGACGAAGAGCGCUUGAGUACUGCUUUGGCUCGGAGGUCGCGCUUUCAUGAAGACUGGCUGCUGUCAGACAGAGCAAACAAUUUUGGCGACGUGGACUACGACCAGGAUAGCCGGUUUACACCUAUCAACAGCCUGCUUGGUCACAAUGAGAAGAAGCGGCCACCGCUGAUUUUUGUUCCUGGAUUCAAAGCUUGCGCACUGCGGCGGGAGCCUGACGAAGGCAAAAAGUGGAGCUUAAGACACCUCUGGGAAGAUUGUGUAGGAUGGGGCACCAUGCCGUCCGUUGUCAAAGGAAUAUUUUCGGGCCGAAGAAGGAACUAUCAGCUCGCACUAUCAGGUCGCUGGAGCAGACCUAGCUUCGCAGAUGAGAAAGAGGAGACAUUGUCUGGGGACGAAACACGUACGAAAGCUCACCCCCUCACUCGUGCGGUUCAAGAAUCAGACGAUUUUUUUCCGACAGGUUUAGUGCCUGCUUAUCGCAUAUUUAAUCUGUUCACGCUGCAUCCAGGGCAUACACUUGUGGACCGUUUUUUGCGACGGGUCGCAGCCACUGAGGACCGGCUUGUCUAUGAAUUUGUGUAUGAUUGGCGAAGAAGUGCAGUCGAAAUUGCAUCACAACUGGAUGCUUUUGUAGAACAUGUCCGUACCGAUAAUGACGGAGUUGCUCCACAGAUCAUGGCCCAUAGUUUUGGCGCUUUGAUGUUGCUGUAUCUGCUGGUUGCGAAAAGAAAGAUCUUUGGUGGAGUUGGAGAAAACCCCGAUAGCAAAAAGCAAAUAGGGGAAAAGCAGCUCUGUCAAGAGACUGACACAAUGAAUGUGCCGCCGAAAGCCUACCGAUACCGGAAGUAUACCCGUUCUGCGCGAGGUGCAAAGGAAAACUCUGGCUGUGAUCCGGGGGAAACAUCGUGGAAGGCGAUGCGCUGUUUUUCUAAAGCUGCGCGUGCUGAUGUGACAGUUUCGGAGGGAGAAGUCGAAAGUUCCAGCAAAUCAAGCAGGUCAUUUGGCGAUCGCGUUCACUCUGUCCUGCUGAUUGCGCCACCAGUACGGCUGACACCCUACUUUUUGAUGGAUAUGCUAUACGGAGAUCCAGACUAUUUGAUGGAUGGAGCGACGCAUUUUACGUUUUCCAGUGUCUACACUUUCUUUCCCGACAAACACUACAAUGCAGAUGGUCGUAAGGUGGAAAUUUUUGGGAACAGCAAAGCGGUUGACGAUAAACACGUGUCCUCAGGGAAAACAAAUGCAAGUGGAAGUGAUUGUUCCGAGUCGAGCUCACCAGCACCGGUUGUACAUAGAGCGACGGCAUUUCAAAAAGAUAUUGAGAACCAAAUAUUUCAGCCUGUCUGCGGGUUGGGCGCUGCGCCACAGCUGUCGUUGGGGUUACUGCGGCUUGGCCAUGCCGUGGACUGUGCUGGGCUAAGUAGAUACUUGCACGAGCGGCGUUGUGAUAUUAGUGGUAAUCUGUGCAGCGGUAUCAGUGCCGUGGCGUCUUUUUUUGAAGCUCUCCAGAAUGGCGUCGUAAAAGUCACCGGUAACAAUUGCAGUUUUCUUAUCUCUCCAGAGCAUGACUACAUUGACAAUGACUACAAGGAACCGACGAAGCAGCGGAGUAUUCGGGCACACCAACUACCAUGCAAUUACCCAGAUAGUGAUAUUACAACACAUGAGGAGUCGGCAAAGUUGUUUGACUUUCACGACGUUGAGACCUGGAUGACGAGAUUUCCCAUCGCAAAGGGUGUCGACGACGCAACCGCACGACACCAUCUUGCGCAUGCACUUGCCGACGCAAAGAUGUUUUGGACGCAACUCGCUGAAGGGACGCAAGAGCUUGAUCGGGAGUUUCUGACCCGCGAGAGAGGAGCAAGUGAUAGAAAUCGGCGUCCCCGAAACGAAAAAGAAAAACGGGGAAGCGAAAUCAACGAGGAAAAAUUUGGCGAUACAGAUUUGCUGCCUCCAGUACGUGUCAUGAUCGGAAAUGGGCAAAAAACCGGUGAAAAGCUUGUGCUUGUGCCGGCAGAGACCCUUGAGCUUAGGAAUAAAGGUGACGAGUCUUCUUUCUUCUUCUACGGUAGUCCACAGAGGGUUGCUGGUGACGAACGUUUACCUGCGAAUCGUAUUUUGCCUCGAGGAGAACUAUUUCGAGACUUGCCAGUUCACACUACGAAGUUGGGACACAGCCGGAUGCUAGGGGAUUUGGAGACGGUAAGCGAAGCCCUUCUAUGUUUAGAAAAGGAUUGGAUAUCACGCCAACGCGAGGCACAGACAGGACCUGACUAGAAACACCCAAGAAGAGACGACGGCCGCGCAUCCACAUUCAUAGCACACAGUUGCAACUACAUAUCAGAGUCCUCAGUGACAUCAAUGACAAGGUACUUUAACAUUCCGCAAGGGCAAGCUCUCUCAUCCCGAUGGUCUCGCAAACGGUUGUCUAGCACAGCCAAAAGUUGUACAAUCUGUAGAUGGAAUUAG